AUGCGCAAGUACGCCGCCCCGCGGUCGUCGCGGUUCCACGGCGUCACCAGGCUCAAGUGGAGCGGCAAGUACGAGGCGCACCUAUGGGACAACACCAGCCAGGUCAAGGGCCGCAAGCGCAAGGGCAAGCACGGCAGCUAUGUUACUGAAGAGCAGGCUGCAAAGGCACAUGAUUUGGCUGCCCUUAAAUAUUGGGGCACAGGACCAAACACCAAACUGAACUUCAAUAUUUCUGAUUAUGAGAAAGAAAUUGAGGUUAUGAUGACCAUGUCUCAAGAUGAAUUUGUGGCCUACAUAAGGAGGCAAAGCAGUUGUUUCUCGAGAGGUACCUCAUCAUACCGGGGUGUAACCAGACGGAAGGAUGGUAAGUGGCAAGCAAGAAUUGGUAGGAUUGGUGAGAGUAGAGACACCAAAGACAUUUACCUUGGGACCUUUGAAACUGAAGAAGAGGCAGCAGAAGCUUAUGACCUAGCAGCAAUCGAGCUUCGUGGUGUUCAUGCUGUUACCAAUUUUGACAUUAGUAACUACUGUGAAGUUGGUUUGAGAAAACUAGAAGGCCUGUCAGAGGUGGCGAAGCUGGAUGGUCCAUCGGAGGUUAUGAAGCUCGCUGGACAGUAG